CGGACUGGAUCCUCCAAAGCUCAGUCACCCAACUCCUGUCUCCACUCUCUAAUCUACUGCUCGCCUGACUACUUACACCAUCUUGCGCGAGAACCAGCUCUCCGUUGCGCAUGGAAGGAAACACAGGCAACCAAUCUGAGGUCGCCGUGGUUACAGGAGGGAACAGAGGAAUUGGGCUGGAAAUAUGCAAGCAACUCGCUUCCAAUGGAGUCACGGUGUUACUGACGGCGAGGGAGGAGAAUAGGGGCGCCGAAGCAGUCAGCAUCCUUGGCUCGCUUGGGCUGUCCAACGUUUUGUUUCAUCAACUGGACAUCAGCGAUCCAUCGAGCGCUCUACGCUUAGCUGAUUUUGUCAAGGAGAAGUUUGGCAAGCUGGAUAUAUUGGUCAACAAUGCAGCAAUUGCUGGGACGAUAAGUGAGAUUGGCAACCCCGAAACUUUUCGGCAAGAGGUUAAAGGCAUGGAACUAGUGGAAAAGAUUGGUAGAAUCAGAGAGCACAUCAGGGAGCCUUACAUACAAGCAGAAGAGUGCUUAAGGACCAACUACCACGGGACCAAAGCUGUCACAAAAGCAUUGCUUCCUCUCCUACAUUCCUCAUCCCAUGGAAGAAUAGUUAACAUAUCGUCUCGCUUUGGACUACUCAGGUUUUUCAAUGGAGAGGAACUCAAACAGGAGCUCAACGACAUCGACAAAUUGUCUGGACAGAGACUGGAUGAACUGUCAGAAUUGUUCCUCAGGGACUUCAAGGAUGCCCAACUGGAGAGUCGCGGGUGGCCUACGGAAGGAGGGUUCAUUGCAUACAAAGUGUCCAAGGCUCUCCUGAAUGCUUACUCCAGGAUCCUUGCAAAGGAGCAUCCAUCGUUGUGUGUCAAUUGCGUGCAUCCUGGUUUUGUCCAAACAGACAUGAGCUUCCAAGUUGGAGAUCUGACGGUCGAGGAGGGCGCUAGGGGAGCUCUCAUGAUGGCGCUCGCGCCGAAGGGAGGCAUGACUGGUGGGUUCUUGGACCGCACAGAGGUCGCCCCAUUCAUGUAAUGUUCUUGCAGCUAUGGGAUCAUUACUGGACCGUGCUUACUACUUUGCUAUGUGGCGAACAGAGGUAUACUAGCUACUGUAAGAGAAGAGCUGAGCUUUCUUUUUGAUAGACUGGUUUGGUGUUGAUCUUUUUUUUUUCCUUGUACGUAUUUCCAGUCAGCUUGUUAAAUUCUAGUCACUCUCUUAAAGAGGUAAAGAUAUUAGAAAGUGUAAAGGUCGGAUAUUGCAUCCAUUAUCUAAAAAGAUAAUAAAAAUGGCUAUUGGUAAGCCUCCUCUUUUUCACC